GCCUAUAUGUAAUGCUGGUCCACAGAAGCAGAGCACAGAAGACCAGCUCACUUGGGCUCACUUCACUCCACUCACCUUGCCAAUACUUACACUAUGAAGGCAGCAGCUGUAUGCCUGCUCCUGAUGCUGACACUGAUAUCCAUCUUCCAUGUGGAGUCAGUCUCAGCAGAAAAAGUUGACUGCAAAGGUUAUGAAAAACUGCCACCAAGACAGUCCCGACCAUGCACUCUAGAGUUUAGACCAAUAUGUGGCUCUGAUGGGAAAACAUAUCCCAAUAAAUGUGCUUUCUGCACUGCUGUUAAGCAGAGUGAUGACAAAAUCAAAUUUUCACAUGAGGGGCGGUGUUGAAUAAGAGCAUCAGUUCUGAAACGUCCUCCAGUGCUUCUCAUUCCUACUAGAAGAUAACACACAAGACAUCUCUUGUUUCCAGAAGAUUCUCCUUCAGAAUGUUGGUUUUUCAACCUCACUUAGAGUGUUGCUUGUUGAAUAAAGGAAAAUUCACUGAA